AUGAAAUUACAAACAACUGAAUCGUGUGUCUCUUUGUACUUGAAGAACGGGAUAUAUGAUGCUAAUGUGAAAGACGUUGCUGAAGAAGUUUUCACAAUAACCCAGAACUAUGAGGACAUUACCGCUACCGAUAUCGGCUUGCUGUAUGAGAUCCUGCAGGUGAUAGCUGACCUGAACUCUGAUGCAAAUGUAACAGGUCUUAUAGUGGGAAUAGUAAAUAACGUGAUGUUUGUCUACGAGGAUGUGCUAGCCUCUGCCCAAGAGAAUGGAAAUUAUACUGCCCUCAUCGUCCAGGUCUUAGAAUCUCAGUUGAAUACCGUCGACGUUGGUAACAGCACGCUUGAUGCAGCUUAUCCUAAUUUAGCAGUUAAGGUGCUUGACGUAUCUUCGGACACUGCUGGAGACGGCAUAGUGAUCACCAUGUUAAGUAUGGACACCAGUUCCUUGAGCAACAGUGACAUCAUGGUAGGAACACACCAAGACACACCUACUGACUCUGUCCCAAGAGACACCUUUGUCAGGGUUGUUGUACCCAUCGAGGUGGGGGGAAACGCUAUUGAGUCUCUCAGGGUUGCUUUCGUUGGGUAUGCCAAUGAUGCCAUGUUUCCUUCUCCAAGUCUUGCUCUACUAAACCGGGAAACACACGAGUUCAACAGUGAGAUUGAUACACCAGUGGUGUCCUUAACAAUCGGUGGACAGAAGAUAGAGAAUCUCAUGGAGCGUGUCAACGUCACUUUCUACAGAUUCAAGCCUAACUCCAGCGAUCCUACUUGUAACUUUUGGGAGUUUAAUCUUGUUAAAUGGUCUAUGGUGGGAUGUCAACUGUUACCUGAUAACGCCGUCAAUAGCUUCAAUAAUGAAUACUACACAUGCGCCUGCGACCACCUGACCAACUUUGCCGUCUUAGUGGACAUAUAUGCAGAGGACGCACCUCCGAAACCUGUACUCCGUUUAUUGAGUAUCAUUGGGUGUGCUAUAUCAAUUGUGUGUCUGGUCAUCGCUAUCGCGUCCUAUCUUAGUGUCAAGAAGAUACGAAGAUCUCAGACUCACAAGAUUUUCAUCUGUCUUUGCACCACCCUGCUCUGUUUGUACACCGUAUCCCUCGCCAUCAUUGCUCUUGACACUGAGUUCCAGUAUGCCGAGGUCGAGUUGAUACCGUGUUCCGUCCUGGCGGCACUCGUCCACUACUUCGUGCUCUCUUCGCUUACGUGGAUGGGCAUCGAGGGGUUUAACACUUAUCUGGUCAUCAUAAAAGUGUUUAAUACUUACAUCCCGAAGUUUAUGAUCAAAGCUUCGAUUGUAGGAUGGGGUAUCCCGGCUGUGAUUGUUGCCGCAACUGGGGCAAUCACUAGGAACUAUUAUGCUGAAGAAGAUUAUUGUUACAUCCGGAAGUGGCCCCUCAUUGGUGGUCUCUUGGUCCCAAUGGCUAUCAUCCUCAUCAUCAAUAUCGCUGUGUUCAUUCUGGCAAUGCGUCGUCUGCAAAAUUCUGCACGAAUGGCAGGACGUGUGAAGAAAGACUGCAAGACCGAACGACAAGAGACCCGAGAACGGAUCCAGAAUGGCAUCGCCAUGUUGCUCCUGCUUGGCUUCACCUGGACUAUUGGAUACCUGACCCUGAUCAACGUGGACUUCACUGAACUCCUUUUCAUCAUCUUCAACUCCUUGCAAGGCUUCUUCAUCUUCGUCCUCUAUUGUCUUCGAAAGGAAACCAUCAGGAUGCAAUGGCGACGAUGUAUUUGUUGUGCACUGUUGCGGGAAGGUGCAGGCAGCGCUGAGUCCCAAGGAAAUUCCGGUGGAACAUCAAGAGCUACGAGUGGGACUGGAUGCUCUCAGCCUAUGUUUGAAUCUUCCUCUACAAUACCCCAUGCCAAUCCAUCUUUUGACCCACUCAAAUUAGAUAUGAAACCAUCAGGUUGCGAUGAUUAAUGUGCAAACGAUUUAUCUCUUUUAACUAAUAACCAGAAAAUGAUAGUAGGCAUGAGCACUGAGACUUUGAUUUAAUUAAGGUAAUUUCUACACCCUAAUGCAUUGCCUUUUGAAAUUAUGUUCGGAUUACGUAAUGGCGUGUUCCUACAUUUCAAUGUGUAACACCCAAGUCUAUUGAAAUUGCCUGAAGUAGAAUUUGUGAAAGUCCUAGCGACCAUGCUGUACAUAAUUGAAACCCUCUGGAAUGUAAUGAAACGCUUUGUAGCUUGUUAUUUGCUCUUGAUGGUAGGGACUAUCUGACUUGUUGGAAUUAUUAUGUAUAAAUAAGCAUUAUAGGUUGAUACACAAUCAUGCAUGAUGUGAGUGUGGGGGUAUUUGUUUGAAAGAUUAAUUGACACAUUGUUAUUUACAUAAUCAUAUGCAAUAACGCGAAAGGGUUGUAGAGGGGUAGUGCGUUUGUUUCUUUGUUUAGUUUGCUUUAUUGUUGAACAUUAUACAUAACAAUAAUGUCUCAUGCAUAAGAUUGACAAAGAGAAUACAUAAAACAAUGUUAGACAUUUAACAUAGAGAAUCGAUGAUGUGAAAUAAUGAGGAACCUAUUAAGUAGCACAGCUUGUAAAUUAUAGGUUCCCGAAAUAAAUAGUGAUUUCUAAUUUUGAUAACAAAAAAGAACGAAGUUAUAACAGUUUGAGUCACUGAUGACACAUUAGCAUUAUGAAUAACAUGUAGACAAGGUUUGCGGCCACAAUUGAAGUAGGCUAUAGCUACUUGGUGCUGCAAUAUGAAUAUUGUUUAGAUGAGAAGAAAUAUCAAUUAUGACUUCUUUGCAUAUUACAUUUUUUUUUUAUUAUUCUGAAUUAGAGGUUUUGUUUUGGGGUAGACUUUCAUUUACAGGCAAAUUCAAAACUUUGCUGAAUACACGAAAAGAUAGAAAGGGUAUAUUUCAUCAAAUUUCUGUUUUACAUGUCAUUUUCUUCAGAAAAUUUGUCAUAUGGGCAAAAGUCAUAUUCAUUUUCUUUUUCAACAUGCAUGAGCUUGUUUACGCUGAUGCACAUUCCGACUUCCCUUUAACGCCCCAAUUACUGUUUUUGUUGGUAUUUAAAAAAUAAAAAAAUAAAAUUGUUUUUAGUUAUUGUAAAUUAUAUAUUGUAAAGCGUAUUGAAAGAGCUUUCUUUUCUAAAAUACACAAUACAAUGACCUUAUUAUUAUUUUUUAAAAAUUUUAUUUGUUAUGUAUUUAUUAUCAUUA